AGCUCAAAUCUUUUCUGAACGGUUGAAUAACGGAUUGUUGUAAUAGCGACUCAACAUUUUUAUACACACGUGUACAAUAUGUAUACCCGUUUCAUUUAACUUCGUAUUUAUUUCGAAAGCGCAGUGACGCUCACUAGUCACAGGAAGUAGAAACUGAACUUCCGGGAUUGGCUGCGCGUUCAUAUUGGAGGUCACUGCUGUAAAAUAAAAAGCAGUCAUGGGUGGGGAUCACGGACAUGGCAAAUUGUCCAUGCCAGACUACAAAGUGUGGAAAUGGGAAGGAACGCCGCUGGAAAUGACCCAGCAGAGGCUUGCUCGAAGAGGUCUCCGGGACCCCUGGGCUCGGAAUGAGGCGUGGAGAUAUACGGGCAGCUUUGGCGUCCCAGUUACCUUCCGAAAUGUUCUCCUCCGUGGAUUUAAGACAGGAUUCGCAGCAUUUGCAGUGGCACUGGCAGUGGAGUAUGCUUUCUUCCCUCCAAAGAAGUCCGAGCACUAAUAGCGUGGCUGAAGCUCAGUAGAGCCAGUCGCUGCCGGACUCUGUGUUUCCUGCAGGUUUUAAGCCUGUUGUUGUCUAUCCAUGAAGACGUUAGCCCGUGAAAGGCUUCCUAAUACCUGUGCUCAUUCAUGGUUAUGUUUCCUUUGACCAUUCUGUAAAAUAAAUAUAAAUUAAUUGAA